CGUUUGAAGCCGAGUCUAUUUCGGGGUCACACUCAAUUUGUUUUGCUCCCAACAGCUAGCAAUUGCUAACACAGUCGCUCAGCUCAGAUCUGUCCUGUCCUCCCCACUGCUGAUAAAACUACGUAAAAAUGAAACCUGCCGUGGACGAGAUGUUUCCUGAAGGAGCUGGACCGUAUGUGGAUCUGGACGAGGCAGGGGGCAGCAGCGGUCUUCUGAUGGACCUGGCAGCCAACGAGAAAGCAGUUCACUUGGACUUCUUCAAUGACUUUGAGGACCUUUUUGACGACGACGACCUGCAGUGACGCCCCACGCACGCACGCACGCACGCACGCACGUACGCCCUUUCCUCAACAUGUAGAUAUGAAAGCUGCCAUUUUCAAAUAAAAGAUUUGGAAAAGAUUUCAA